AUGGUAGCAGAAACCAAAUUAUACGAUGCAUUGAGCAUUCAGCCUUCCGCAACCCAAGAGGAAAUUAAGAAGGCAUACAGAAAAGCAGCGCUUAAGUGGCAUCCAGACAAGAAUAAAGACAAUCCAAAGGCUGGAGAGAAGUUUAAAGAGAUAUCACAAGCAUAUGAAGUCCUAAGCGAUCCAGAGAAGAGGAAGGUGUACGAUGACUAUGGCUUGGAGUUCUUACUGAAAGGUGGAAGUGCUCCUCCUCCUGGUGCCGAGGGAAAUGUGCCCGGUGGAUUUGGCGGGUUCCCUGGCGGCUUUCAGAACUUCAGCAGUGGAGGCCCAGGUGGAGGACGUACCUUCCACUUCAGUACUGGAGGCGGUCCCGGUGGUUUCAAUUUCAGCGAUCCGAAUGAUAUCUUUGCUCAGUUCGCUAAAAGCGGUGCUUCUGGUGGAGGUGGAGCAGGGUUUGGUGGCGAUGAUGACCUAUUCGACCUGCUUGGAGGUAUAGGCGGUGGUCGAUCACGAAGGGCUGCGGGUGGUUUUGGAGGUGCGGGCUUCGGCAGCUCACCACGAGGUCCUCCAAGAACACAGACACCUGAAGUUAGCAUUGUCGAGAGGAAUUUGCCAGUAUCACUUGAAGAUCUAUAUAACGGCACGAAGAAGAAGAUGAAGAUCAACAGGAAGAAGUACGAUGCCAAAGGCCAACAGAUUAAGGAAGAAAAAGUCCUCGAGAUGGACAUUAAGCCUGGGUUAAAAGCUGGUUCAAAGAUCAAGUUUGCCGGAGUUGGUGAUGAAACUGACGGCGGUUCACAAGAUCUGCAUUUCAUUGUGGUGGAGAAGCCUCAUCCAACGUUGAAACGAGAGGGUGACAACCUCAAAACUGUCGUCGAGCUCGACUUGAAGGAAGCAUUAACAGGUUGGGAAAGAAGAGUCACUACUAUUGACGGCAAGCAAUUACCUGUCAGUGGUGCCGGCCCUACUCAGCCAGGCACUGUGCAGUCCUUCCCAGGUCAAGGAAUGCCUAUCAGCAAGAAGCCUGGCCAACGCGGUGAUUUCCUUGUUGAGACAAAAGUCAAGUUUCCCACCAGCUUGACCACAGCACAAAAGCAAAAGAUCAAGGAAGCCUUGUCAUAG